CACAGUUGAAUGUGGGAAGGGAGCUUCACUCCUCACUGGUGGCCUUCAUUCACACAUGAUAUAAUAAUCCCUAUCGCAGCCUACUUAUAAACACUCCACCUCCUUCCAUCUCUCUCUUUAUAUUUUUUUAUUAAUUCAUGUAAAUUAGGAUUAGGGUUUAUCUCAAAUUUGCACCGUACAAUUUUAAAUCAGAACUUCCGUUCUCAUUCAUCCCCCCCUUCCCAAUAAAACCGACGCGACAAUCAAUAACCAGGAUGCUAUUUUCUUGCUGCAAAUCCAGUUCCUCAAUUGAGAGCGCAUUAGGGUUUUAGAUUCGAAUGAGCAUGGAGAGCACGCGCAGAUCGUUGGACAGAUCCAGAGAACCAGGUCCCAAGAAGCCUCGAUUGAUCGACGAACUCAGCGCCCGACAGUUACCUCAACGCACUGCGGCAGUUACUACGCUGGCGUCUACGAGGUUUCGAGCAAAUGACAGAGACUCCGAAAUCAGCGAUUUGGGUCGUGGCGGUGGCGGCGGCGGGUAUCAGCCGCAGCCUCCGCCGCACCAAGAGCUUGUGACUCAAUACAAGACCGCACUUGCUGAGCUCACUUUCAAUUCGAAGCCGAUAAUUACCAACUUGACUAUUAUUGCAGGAGAGAAUCUCUCUGCUGCCAAGGCAAUUGCUGCUGCUGUUUGUGCUAACAUUAUAGAGGUUCCAAGUGAUCAAAAACUGCCAUCUCUUUACCUCUUAGACAGUAUUGUUAAGAACAUCAGACGGGAUUAUAUAAAGUAUUUUGCUUCCAGACUACCUGAGGUAUUCUGCAAGGCUUACAGACAGGUUGAUCCUUGUGUGCAUUCAAGUAUGAAACAUCUUUUUGGAACUUGGAAAGGAGUCUUUCCUCCUCAGUCCCUUCAGAUGAUUGAGAAGGAACUUGGCUUUGCACCUGCAGUCAAUGGUUCGGCUUCAGUGUCUGCUACAGUCAGGAGUGAUUUGCAGUCACAACGCCCACCUCAUAGUAUCCAUGUGAAUCCCAAGUAUUUAGAAAGGCAGCGUCUUCAGCAGUCAAGUAGGAGCAAAGGAGUAGUUAGUGAUAUGACUGGAGCUGUUUUAAACUCAAAUGAGGAUUCGGAGAGGCCAGAUAGAGCUGCUGCACGACCCUGGCUGGAUCCGAGGAUUAACAUGCUUAAUAAUCAGCACACACACAGAGAUGCAUUUAAUGAUUCUGUUACUGAAAAGAGCAUUGAUGGAUCAUACGGAAGCAGUGAAUAUAGUUCUGUCAUUUCAAGUAAUUUGGUCUCAGGGGCUGGAAGAACUGGAAGUAAGCUCAUUGAUUUAGGACAUGACAAAACAUGGUUCAAAACAGAUGGGGGUGAUGCAGAUACUACAUCUGGGCAAAGAAAUGGUUUUGGUCUCAAGCGUAGUUUUUCAAAUCAAGAAGCACCAAAGUCCAUGAAUUUGGAUGCACAUCGUCAGCCAAGACAAAGCAUAACUAACUUACGGAACAAUGUGAUGUCAGGUAACUGGAAAACUUCUGAAGAAGAGUUCACACGGGAUGAGAUGAACAAUGGUUUGAUUGAUCAUGGACCCAAUGUAUUAAGCAAUUUGAGCACAGACACAUGGAUGACUGAUGAUGAAAAUUUGGAAGGUGAAGAUCACCUCCACCUCCAAAUCACACGCCCAAUUGGGACAAAGGUCGAUAGAGAAAUAUCCACUGUUAAGAAACAACUACCUGGUUUGGGGGGCCAUCCACCAUCAUCAUGGCAAUUGCAGAAGCACCACUCAAUUGAUAAGUUGAAUCUAAAGCCAGAUUACUCUGAAGGAUUUGUGUCCACUCUUAGUGGCUUACCAACCAAUGCAAGUUCUUUGGCUGUCAAGAAGGGGAACCAAUCCUUUAUGUCCAAUGCAGUAGUAGGAAUGACCAAAUUUGUGGGACAACAAUUUGAUUCGGGUGAAACUGAAUCCCCUUCUGGGCAGUCACCUUUGCGGCAACAGUCUCCAUCACUGCCAGGAACAGUACACCACCCUCAUUCAAUGCAAAACUUGGCUAACCAAGAAUUGCCACCGAGUCUCAAAACCUCUCAACUUUUGGGAGGUCAGAUAAUCAGUCAGCAUAUUAGAGAUCACUCACCUACCCUUCGUCCCAUUGUAAAGGUUGGUAACUUGCGAAGAUCACAAGAAAAGGAUAUGCAGGGCCCAUUAUCUUCCAUGACCUCUCUUCGACCAAAGCUUCAGCAAAAGCAGCUGAACCCAUCUCAGACUGAAGUUACUGCUACAACUAAGCUGCCCCAGUCUAAAGUUUCUUUAACCAGAGGAACUUCAGAACAGUUGACCACAAAUAAUUUGUCAGCUGCACCUGUCAAAACUGGAAUCAUCCCCAAGAAAUCAAUUACCAGUAAUCUGGAUCCAAGGAAGCGUCCAUCUCAGACUGGGGUUCAGCCUACUCAGUCUGGUAGGCCUACCACAUUAAUUUCUUCAGGGUCUGCUGUGGCAUCACCAUCUUCAUUAGAUCCUCUGCAUAAUGAUUCAUCUACACUGCCAAAAAAACCUAAAGGAAAGGCUGGACAACCACCACAAAGGCUUUCUACUCAACCACCUGCUUCCUCUAAUGUUAGCAGUUCCUCAGCUCCGAUCUUAAAUGCGGCCAAAAAUAAUAAACCAAAUCCAAUUGCAAACCUUUUAAGCACAUUGGUUGCAAAGGGUUUGAUAUCUGCCGAAACAGAAUCACCAACUACGGUACCAAGCGUGGCACCAAAGGGAUCCAAAGAUCAAACUGAGAUCAUUACCACCAGUUGUUCUUUACCAGUUACAUCAAUUUCUGGUUCUGCAGCUGUCCCAGUAUCGUCUUCCGAAGAUGAGGUAGAUGCUGCUACAAAAACCUGUCUUGCCUCACCUCAAUCAACUAGCACGGAAAUCAGAAAUCUCAUUGGCUUUGAUUUUAGACCUAAUGUAAUUCGAGAAUUCCACCCAUCUGUAAUUAGGGAAUUAUGGGAUGAUAUCCCUCAUCAUUGCAAAGUUUGCGGUAUUAAGCUUAAACAAGAAGAACUCUUUAAUAGACACUUGGAGUGGCAUGCCACAAGAGAACAUGGUCCAAUUAAGGCAUCAAGAAGUUGGUAUGCGAAGUCAAGUGAUUGGAUUGCUGGCAAGGCAGAAUAUUCAUCUGAGUCCGAGUUUAAUGAUUCUGUUGAUGUACACGACGAAAAAACAGGCAGCAGUCAAUUGGAUACGAUGGUUCUAGCAGAUGAAAACCAGUGUCUGUGUGUAUUGUGCGGCGAGCUAUUUGAAGAUGUGUACUGUCAUGAAAGGAAUGAGUGGAUGUUCAAAGGGACCAUUUACAUGAACUAUUCAGAUGUCAAUAGUGAGAUGGAAAGUGGAAAUGUGGGUCCCAUCAUUCAUGCCAAAUGCUUAUCAGAGAACUCAAUCAUCACCAAUUUGGAUAAUGAUUAAUGGUAUGCUUCUAUAGCAUUUGAGCUUUGGCAUAGUCAGAAAAGCUUACCAAGGGUAGCCCAUCCAGUUUCACAUUGCAUACUAAAUUUUGAUGGCUUCUUAUACUUAAAAUUUAUUGCCUCUAACUGGUUCUUAGAGAGGUCAAACAAAUUUUGUUCUUUUUCUUUAUUUUUCAUGUACCCGGGAAAAAAAAUGCGUAGUGGCCAAAAUAUAUAAAUGCGAGAUAAAUUUUUGCAGCUAAA